UGUGUGCAGCCAGGAGGACUUGCCCAGGCUAAUGAUAAUGUCCACAUGGUUUAGGGGAUGGUAUCUUGCCCCACCCCAACACAUAUGUGACUCCCUCUCCCUGUGUCCCCACAGCCUGCUCUCAGAAGACAAGGACCCAAUGCCCAACCCCAGGCCCACCAAGCCUUCGGCCCCUUCGUUGGCCCUCGGCUCAUCCCCAGGAGCUUCACCCAGCUGGAAGCCUACACCCAAGGCCUCAGAGCUAUUGGGGGCGAAGAGCCCAGGGGGAACCUUCCAGGGCCGGGACAUCCGAGGCGGAGCCCAUACCUCCUCCUCCUCCUCUUCCUCCUUGAAUCCCAUGCCACCAUCGCAACUGCAGCUACCCACAGUGCCCCUAGUCAUGGUGGCACCCUCUGGGGUGCGGCUGGGCCCUUCGCCCCACUUGCAGGCACUCCUGCAGGACAGGCCACACUUCAUGCACCAGGUACGGACCCGCAGGGACGAGCAGGGAGGAGGGAUCAGGUGGGGGGACUGUGGGGAGGGAGUCCCGAGCCAAGUUGAACUGCUGCCUAUAUGUACCCCCUUCCCAACCCAGCUCUCGGCAGUGGAUGCCCAGGCCCGGACCUCCGUGCUGCAGGUGCGCCCACUGGAGAGCCCAGCCAUGAUCAGCCUCCCCCCACCGACCGCCACUGCCGGGGUCUUCUCCCUCAAGGCCCGACCUGGCCUGCCACCUGGUAACAUCUCAACCUGGCACCCCACGGCUUCACAGAACCCGACUCCUCAAAUUCUUGAACGAAUCAAUGUGGCCAGCUUGGAGUGGGUGUCCAGGGAGCCAGCACUACUCUGCACCUUCCCGAGCUCCAGCACACCCAGGAAGGACAGCACUCUUUCAGCCGCGCCCCAAGGCACCUACCCAUUGCUGGCUAAUGGCGUGUGCAAGUGGCCAGGAUGUGAGAAGGUCUUUGAGGAGCCUGAGGACUUUCUCAAGCACUGCCAGGCAGACCACCUCCUGGACGAGAAGGGCAGGGCGCAGUGUCUCCUCCAGAGAGAGGUGGUACAAUCUCUAGAGCAGCAGCUGGUGCUGGAGAAGGAGAAGCUGGAUGCUAUGCAGGCCCACCUGGCCCGUAAAAUGUCACUGAACAAGGAUCCAUCUGUGGCGCCAUCCGACAAGGGAUCCUGCUGCAUCGUAGCUGCUGGCGCCCAGGGCAGCAUCGGGCCAGCCUGGCCCAGCUCCCAGGAAGCCUCAGACAGCCUGUUUGCAGUACGGAGGCACCUGUGGGGUAGCCAUGGCAACAGCACAUUCCCAGAGUUCUUCCACAACAUGGACUACUUCAAGUUCCACAACAUGAGGCCCCCUUUCACCUACGCCACCCUCAUCCGCUGGGCCAUCCUGGAGGCUCCAGAGAAGCAGCGAACGCUCAAUGAAAUCUACCACUGGUUCACACGCAUGUUCGCCUUCUUUCGAAACCACCCUGCCACCUGGAAGAAUGCCAUCCGCCAUAACCUGAGCCUGCACAAGUGCUUCGUGCGGGUAGAGAGCGAGAAGGGGGCUGUGUGGACCGUGGAUGAGUUUGAAUUCCGCAAGAAAAGGAGCCAGAGGACCAGCAGGUGCUCCAACCCUACACCUGGCCCCUGACUACAAAGAAAGGAAAGAAGCAAGGGCGGAAGGGCCAAA